UUGAGUUGUCUUCUGGUAAGAAUGCUAAAUAGUAAUGCGUCCCUGAUUGAGGACGUCCCUCAAUGGGGAUGGAGUCCCCCUAGAGUGGGCCCUGCUGCAGUAGUUAUGAGUGUGUGUGUGUGAGAGAGGGAGAGAGAGAGUGAGAGAGAGAGAGUGAAACAAACUCAACUAUCGCAAAAGUGAAAAUCAGGCAGUGUCAGUGAACGCUGCUUUUCCACCCUGCGCUUUUACUACGCGGAUCCGAAUUUUACUGCCAUCAACAAGGACGCGCUCGAUUUCAAUUUCCAGCCUGAAAACAAAGCAAAAAAAACAACAACAACAACAACAACAGCUGGCAUUGGCAUGAGCUAACCCGAUCAGAAAUGGAAACCAAACCAUUCUUAUCAUUGGGGUUCCUGAAACCCCAGUGCUCGCUGGCGCCGCCCCCUCAGAGAGGCCGCUCGGGGGAAUCCUGCUCCUGUUUCAGCGGCAUGUGUCCUCUCCAUCAGCGCAGACUCUCCACAGACUCGGGUCAUGUGACCUCGUCUCCUCUGAGCUCUCCCACGUCCCACCGGCCCAUGCAUCCUCCCCUGCUGAGUCCGACCUCCAUCGGAGCCUCAGGAUCCCUUCACUCACCCAUCAGCACACUCAGCUCGCCGAUGAACGGCCUCGGCUCUCCCUUUUCCGUCAUCAGCUCACCCAUGGGCCCGCACUCCAUGGCAUCUCCCGGCAUGGCCUACGGUCCCAGUGUAAGCCCACAGUUGAACUCGCCGAUGAACUCCGUGAGCAGCUCAGAGGACAUCAAGCCUCCGGUGGGCAUAAAUGGCAUGAUGAAGGUGCCAGCGCAGUCUUCGGGGACCCCUCUGUCUCUCACCAAGCACAUCUGUGCUAUCUGCGGAGAUCGCUCCUCUGGUAAACACUACGGCGUCUACAGCUGCGAGGGCUGCAAGGGGUUCUUUAAGAGAACUGUACGGAAGGACCUGACCUACACCUGCAGAGACAACAAGGACUGUGUGAUCGACAAGCGCCAGCGAAACCGCUGCCAAUACUGCCGCUAUCAGAAAUGCCUAGCCAUGGGCAUGAAGAGAGAAGUUUUUUUGCAUACAGCCGUUCAGGAGGAGCGCCAGCGAGCCAAGGAUCGAAAUGAGAAUGAGGUGGAGUCAAGCAGCAGCGCUAACGAGGACAUGCCCGUGGAGAAGAUCCUAGAAGCCGAACUCGCCGUUGAGCCCAAGACCGAGACGUACAUCGAGACCAACCUGGGUGUGCCAUCCAAUUCGCCCAAUGAUCCAGUCACUAAUAUCUGCCAGGCGGCAGACAAACAGCUCUUCACCCUGGUGGAAUGGGCCAAGAGGAUCCCGCAUUUCUCUGAACUGCCUCUGGACGAUCAGGUCAUCCUGCUGCGAGCAGGCUGGAACGAGUUGCUCAUUGCGUCGUUCUCGCACCGCUCCAUAGCCGUAAAGGACGGUAUUCUGCUGGCCACUGGGCUUCACGUGCACAGGAACAGCGCCCACAGCGCCGGAGUAGGAGCCAUAUUUGACAGAGUGCUCACAGAGUUGGUGUCAAAGAUGAGGGACAUGCAGAUGGAUAAAACAGAGCUGGGCUGCCUACGAGCCAUAGUGCUGUUUAACCCAGACUCCAAAGGCCUGUCGAACCCCAGUGAGGUGGAAGCUCUGAGGGAGAAGGUUUACGCCUCUCUGGAGGCGUACUGCAAGCAGAAGUACCCUGAUCAACCCGGGAGGUUUGCGAAGCUGUUGCUGCGGCUGCCGGCGCUGCGUUCCAUCGGCCUCAAGUGUCUAGAACACUUGUUCUUUUUCAAGCUCAUCGGGGACACGCCCAUCGACACCUUCCUCAUGGAGAUGCUGGAGGCGCCCCAUCAAAUGACGUAAAGAUAUCACACCCUCCUGUUGCCCUGGGAGACUGGGGGAAGCUAGCCCCUCCUCCUUAACAAGACUGAUCAUGUGACGUUAUACGCUGAAGAGGGGCUCAGCAAGCCAUUCCCUCCAAUCAGUGUCUCGUAACGCGCCCAUAGGGUCUCUUUUUUUUUUUUUUUUUAUACCUUGUAAAAAGAUAUAAAUAAAAUAUUAAUAAUUUGAGUGGGACUCAAAGGCAACAAAUGACUGAACCAUAAAUUCACGUGUGGUUAGAUGUAAAAAGGAGAGGGGAAAAAAAGAAAGGAAAACACAACAUGAGACUCUUGAGACAGAAGGUUGGCUGGAAGUGUCAGGGGACCGAGUAGCAGGCCUGGUCUUGAAAAUGACGGGAUUGAAGCUGUGGAGAAGAUCUGGCUCUUGACUAAAGGAAAAGAAAAAUGAAGGCUGAGCUCCGCACAAGGGCUUCAACAGCCUCAACAACAUCUGGCUCCAGGCGUCUGGGGAUACACACACUCAAGAGAUGGAUUGGACGUUGAAGUAAUCAUGAUGACGAUGAUAAUGAUGACGAGCUUUCAGAUCAGGAGAACCGAGCACUCUGCCACGACUGUUGGUUUGAAAAAUGGGAAGACUCUUUGGAUUAUUGAAUGCUUGGGGGUGUUACUGACUCUCUGUUUUUCAGCACAUUGGUAUGCGUGAAACCGUCCCACUGUUUCAACCGUAUAUCGUGAGGGAACAGGAAGCGAAAACGUGUUCGUUGCAGUGACUCCGCUCACAAAAUCAGCUCUCGUAGACUUUUCACUGUGUCCCGGUUCCCGUCCGGAUGUACACGGAUAUUUUUGAACACGUCGUUUCUUCUCUGCCUUUUGGCCUCUCCUGUCCACACAAUAAAUACGUUUUGGGUCAAGGUGAAGUAAUUUCAAUACUGAAAAACUUUGAAAUAGAAACGUGAAAACGCUUACGUCAGAGUGCACACGAGCUUGUGCAUUGAGCAUGUGUUGCUGACCAGGUUGUUACUUUGUGGUCUGUAAUUUCUAAUUUGAUGACGCAAUUUAAUUUCACAUUAUUCGGAUUUCACCUUCUCUACGGCUAAACACUCAUGCUCUUAACAUUAUUCUUGAGACGUUUGACAUAACAGUUUAUGACAUACUAUCGCCACCUACUGGGCUUGUGUGAUCAUGUGAGCGUUUUCAAAGCAUCUUUGCAUUUCGAUCGUUUCAAAAACACUCACUGUUCGUGUGGACGGAGAUAUUUUUCGAAAACGCUAUUCGUGUGAGCGGACAUAUUUUCUAAAAAUUGUUUGUGUGGACGGAUCUUUUUUUAAACCGAGAAUUAAAACUACGUUGUCAAAACCAUGCGUACAUGUGUGGACGGGACCUCAGAGAAGUCCAGCUCAUCACUAAAGCAGGUGUUUUGCGGUACACCAGUUCACGUCCCUCAUAGUCAAACCCAGGUUUGGGAUAUGAUGCAUCACUUGUACACAACAUUACUGCCACACUCAGUAUUCAUUUCUGUUUCACGACGUGCAAUUACCUCUCACUCCUCAGUCGUCGGUCCCUGAAACCCCCCAAUCCUUGACGAACUCAGUUGGCAGUUCACCUUAUGAGGACGUUCUUGUUUGUUAGCACUUAACCUCAUAUUCUGAGCCUUAGGUGGUUAGUUGGCUCUUGAGGGGGACAGGGGCCAAUGACCAUCCACAACCUGCACUUCUCUGGGCAAACCAAGUGUUGUUUAAGAAGAUGUUUUCUUUUGUCUCUUUUUGAGUGUGAAUUUUUCUGAGCUAUGUAAUGUUCCUAUAUUCUCCAUCUUUGUUUCUUCUUUCUUUUUUUUUCCUUUCCCAACGCUGCUGCUGCUUAACUAUGCAUCUUAGCAUUCUUUCCAAAGACUGCCCAUGGUGAGGUCGCUAUUUUUUUUUUCCUUACAAAGUCUAUACAGCACACCAAACCAACCCUGAGCCUCAGUCUGAGUUGUAUUUUGACACUAAGAGUAGCAGGACCAGGAUUUGGUGCCCCGGUGCUAAUGUGUAUGCAUACAGAGUUCUGAGGCGAGCAGUUUAUUUGCAGUGAGGAAAUGAGAGAGCUGUGACUUCCCCCUUGUGGAUGACAUGCAACACUGCAGAAUUACUUGAAGGAUUUAAUUGGGGGGAUGUGGGGGGAUGGCACUUUUUCAAUGUAUUCUAUCUUUCCUUCAGCUGGACAUAGGGCCGGAGAUGGUCAGGACAUGAUUUCUUGAUCAGUUAAUAUGAUUAACUGAGAUUUAUUAGAAAAUUUUUGGAAUAUGAUUGAAGCUGUGGAACUGUUAUUCUUGUUGUAUUUUAAUAACCAGCAAUGAGAAGAGUCUUGAACACAUGAAACAGGGAAUGGUGGUUGGAUUUCUGGUGGAAAAGUGUUAAGUUGCAGAAACGUAUCCACUGAUCCCAAACGUAGUUAAUUAGGCAAGACAUUAUUAAUGGUAUAUAUUUACUCGAAGUUUUUUGCACUGGACCUACAAUGCUAAUCUAGCUAAUAGAAGUAAUAGAACCCAAAAUCUUUUCCUCAAAUGAUAUUCAGACAUUUACUGAAGUGGUUAUUACACAGUUUGACUUAUUGUAGGGGUCUUUUUGGUCGUUUUUUUUUUUUUUUUUUUUUUUAAAGAGCAAUUCUUUAGUGUGUAGCUGAACAGUGCAACAUUGGAGGCAGCCAUUUUGGAAAACUAGACAUUGUUUUUGAAUGUUGGGAUCUGAUCCAUUUUUUUUAGCUGCAGCUAAGAAAAAACACAUGAAAAGCACGCUUUUUCAGACAAUAAAAAAAAUCAGAACCAUCAGUCAGGGCCAAUGCAAAGAAAAUUCGCAUGGCAGAAAACAUAGCUCGCUGAAGGGGAAAGGACACGGGAACUCUGACCUGUGAAUUCAUUUUUAGAAAAUGGAGGCGCUGCUAAUUAUUAAUUAAGUAGCAGUCACACCGAUAAUUUGUAUAUGCUAGUGUUUUGGUUUUUAAAAAGAUUUUUUUCUCUCUGCCUGCUAAGAUUUUUUUGUGUUAGCAAUAUUGGUCCAUUUUUCACCUCACCCUCCCCCAACACCAGAACUUGAUCGUUGAUAAGCGUCUCGUGUGGAGACUUUUUGACAAUCUGAAAGAAAAUACAGAUGGAAAGGAACAAAGUCACCAUAGUCCCUACAUUAUUUACCCCCUGAAUAUAAUGUUUUACAUGAGAAUCCAUCAGGUUACAGAAGAUACAUGUGUAAACGACAGUCUUUAGCCAUUUAAAGUAGGUAUAUGAAGAUUUUGGCACGUGCUUAUGGAAAAGAUUUUGGGUGAGAUAGCGUUCUAUUACUCGUAAGCAACAUUCGCUUUGUAGCUCCAGUGUAAAUCUAAAGAAACAAACUUCAGACACCAAAUGUGUCUUGGCUAAUCAGUUAUAUUUGAUGUAAGAAUUGUGUAAAAAAAAAAAAUUAUAAUAAUAAUUCCCCCUUCAAUCAGAGGAAGCAACCUAAACCGAAUUACUCCUCGAUGUAGACUAACAGAGUGUCCAUAAUUCCGACAUAUGAAUAAAACCGAGAAGCACCUUCAAGCUUACGUUUGGAAAAUUCACUUUUUGAACGCGAUCAGGUCUUAAAUGAAGGGUUGCCGCACCACAGGGAUUCUGAAGCCAUUUACAGAUUUGUGAAAUCAGUAACAACAAACACACGCUCUCCUGCAGCAAACACCUCAAAGCAAAGUCCUCUGAACUAAAAGAUCGACAUCGUAAACGCUUUAUAUAGACCAUAAAGCUAUAUUUUGUCUAUAUGUACAUGUGUAUAUAUUUAGAAAUAUAAAUAUAUAGAGAUUAUAAAAUCAUUUCCUUAAAUGUUCCCAAUGUUUCAAUGUUAGAAAAGAUGGAGAGACGAGUGCUUCAGUAACACCUACUAAAUAACAGGCCUACUUGCACUGUGUAAUAUUCGGAAAGGUUCUCGGAGUGUUUUAUAUAUAGAUAUAUUAAAAACAAUCGCUGUGCUAGCAGCUCUGAGUACUAACACAUGAUCACGCACCAGCUUCACUGUUUUACAAUCACAAUCAUCCUUAUGAGACCUCAAGAACUGCGACGACAAGCCAAAAAUAUCAACCGUGAGGCGAAGGUGAAGCCGUUUGCUCCGUCAGCUGUGUGUAUAUACAACGUGGCAAUCCUCGAAACGGGUUUUUCAGGUGCAUUUUUUAAAAACCUGGGUCUUUUCAGCUAUCAAUUAGUGAUAAUCAGGAAAGUCUUUGAUUACGAUUGUGAUUAUGAUCCGAAUCGACUCCAUGAGUUCAGACUUAAGGGGACAUAAAGGAGUGAGAGAGAGAGAGAACACUUUAUGGAAUUGCCUAAUGAGGAUGAUCUUUGACCGUAACACAAUCACUUGUUUAGUUGCUACACAGAGAGACACCUAAAAAGAUCUAUUUUUGUACAAAUGUAAUUUUAUCUCUUGCUUACGUCUUCAUGCCUUCCUUCACACCGACUUUCGUGGGCUGUUGUAUACAUAUUGUGUAAAUGUUGAUUUGAUAUGGGAAAGAGUGGAGAAACUCAGACCUCUAUAAAAGUCGGGGACGGGAAAGAAGAGGUCACCGGUGACACCCUUUUGCAGCUUUCGCCUGUACUUUACCUUUUUUUGUUCUGUUUGUUUUUUUCCUUUUUCGUCUGUCACUGAGUGACAGGACCCUCUGCCUAAUUUUUUGUCUGUUUUCAAGGAGAUGUUAUUUGUGCUUUGUUCGUUGAUGUUCUUCAUGAGAAUAGGAAUAAAAAAAUAAAGUUUAAAAAGAUUAAAA